AUGUGGUCACUCAUCCGGACGGGGGUCGCCCGGAUCGCGGCCUCCAGCAUUACUCCGUCAACCAGCGUUCGAUUUCCCUUGGCAACACUGAAGCCAUUCCCCGCCCGACCAGUGUUUGGGUGGCUCAACACCGUGUUCAACAAAGUCGACGAGGAACGGGUUAAGGAAGUGGGUCCGGAUUUGGCGGCGGCCGAGUGGCUGCUGAGAUGCGGCGCCGGCGGCGUGAAAGAAAUGAAACUAAUUCGCUGCGCUUAUCUCGACGAUGAAGCACUUGCCUACCUGAUUGACCUCAAGCAUCUCAAAACCCUGGAAAUAAUAUCUUGCGGCAACGUCACCAGUGCUGGUCUCAAGUAUCUCAAGAGACUAGGUCAGCUCGAAAAACUCGUUCUUUACGACCUCCCAGAAGUCCCCAGAGAGGAAAUGCUGAAAGAACUGCAAGAAGCUCUUCCAAACACAAAGAUACAAUUUGAUGACGCAGAAAGAAGUAGAGCUUCUAGUCAUCGCCGCUGA